CAUGUAAAAAUGCUAUCAUGAUGAUCAAUAUAAAAUUGAAAGGUCCUUCCAACAAUAUAGAUGCCGGUUUAAAUUGUAUUUUGUGCAAUGGUUAUAUAAUAUGCAAAUAUUGGUACUAUACAUGUUAGUACCUGAAAUGGACCACUGUGUGUGUCUUCCUCAACCAUUGGACUGGCCCAAAGCAAACAUGUACUAUGUAAGCUGUACUUUGGCUUGAGGUGGGGCUGCCACUUAGGAAUACAAUCAUGGCGGCUGCAUCGCCAAGUUUGGGGACACAAUUCAUGGAAGAACUGACCUGCAGUAUCUGCCUGGAGCUGUUCACCAGGCCCAAGAUGCUGCCCUGUCAGCACACCUUCUGUCAGGACUGUCUACAGGACCUUGCAAGCAGGAAAGUGCCCUUGCGGUGCCCAAACUGUCGUCAGCAGGUCAGGCUGCCACCCCAGGGGGUCGCAGGUUUGCCAGACAACCACCUGGUUACAAGUCUGUGUGAGAGGCUGCAAAACCAGGCUACACUGUCAGGGGAAACAAGGGAACAACCCCAGUCUGGACACAGGUGCAGUUUUCACCCCUCUGAGAAGCUAAAACUCUAUUGUAAACCAUGCCAAGUUCCUCUGUGUGUAGACUGUGUAGAAGAAGGCCAUGAUGGACAUCCGAACAUAAGUCUUGCAAAAGCCACACAGGAAAGAAGAUCCUCUGCCCAGGUCUUAAUCAGUGAGGGGAGGAGCAUUUUAGAAAGUUACAGCAGCUUCAUCAGAGGCCUGAGGGAAAAAGAGAAAACCCUGAUUGAACAGAAACAGCAGACAGACAACAGCAUAAUUCAGACCUACAACCAAAUAGUGCAGAAACUCACAGAGAAAAAAGACCACCUCUUGUCUGAAUCACAACAAAAUUACAACAAGAACUUGGUGAAAAUACAGACUGAAAGGGACAGAGUGUUAGCAGAUGUCAAUGAACUGUCUGCUGCCUGUGAUCAAGCAGAACAAGAACUGCAGCAGGGAUGGGUCGAGAUUCUCAGUCAGCAAACCGCUUUGACAGACAUUGUAGGAAAGUACAGAGGAAAAGCAGCACCAACUCCUGUACAAACCCAGCCUGCUGUCUUUCAGCCCACAGACACCACAGUGCCAGUAUUGGGACAUGUGACGGUCCAGUCUCUCCCAUCUGCACCAAUCCCAGCAGAACCUGCACCAAUCCCAGCAGAACCUGCACCAAUCCCAGCAGUCCCUGCAGCAGGGGGCACAGGUCAUCACCAUGGUAACCAAAGGCAAGAGAAGCCUCUGUCUCAGAGGGUGACAUUUGGUCAAGAGGGAUCAGGAACAGGACAGUUCCAGGGUCCAUAUGGUGUUGCAGUGUCAGAUGAAGGUGAGAUCUUUGUAGCAGACUAUUGGAACCAGAGAAUCCAAGUUUUCACCCUGCAGGGAACAUUUGUGAGACAGUUCCCAACAGUUGUGUCAGGUGAAGAGAAGAUGAAACCAUAUGAUGUGGCCAUGGACGGAGAGGGGAACCUGUGGGUGGUGGGGGUGACACGCUCUGAUGAAUUUGCUGUACUGUAUAACAAACAGGGCAGGGUGCUGAGGAUGUUUGGCUUGCAGAAGACAGGGAGGAGCAGAGGAGUUGCCAUGGACACCAGGAGGAACAACAUCCUCAUCACACAAAUCACAGGAGACAGGCCCAACCACCAUGGUGAAGUUUUGGUGUUCAGGCCAGACGGGACACUUGUGAGAACUGUGGGUCAGCAGCAGGGGAUGGGUUACCCAGGAUACAUCACUGUGGACGGGGAAGUGAACAUUCUUGUGUCAGACUGGAUAUGA